GAGUAGGCAGCGACAACCCGCCGGCUACAUCACCACUCGUCGACGUCUCCAUCUCUCCAACACACGCCCACACCCACGACACCAUGAUCAACCCCACAAAGGCGCUCUCCGGCGCCGCCGCAAGGCGCCACCUCUCGUCGUCGGCCACGGCCAACGCUGGCCUCAACCGCUACUCGGCAAAGAUUACCCAGCCCAAGCAGCAGGGUGCCUCGCAGGCCAUGCUCUACGCUACCGAGGGCAUUGACAACAUUGAGGACCUUGCUAAGCCCAUGGUCGGUGUCGCUUCGGUUUGGUACGAGGGCAACCCAUGCAACGCCCACAUCCUUGGUCUCGGCCAGCGUGUCAAGAAGUCGCUCACCAAGGCCGGCAUCACUGGCUACCAGUUCGGCACUGUCGGUGUCUCGGACGGUAUCUCGAUGGGCACCCAGGGCAUGACCUACUCGCUCCAGUCGCGUGACCUCAUCGCCGACCAGGUCGAGACCGCCGCCGGCGGCCACUGGCUCGACGGCAUGGUCGUCAUCCCCGGCUGUGACAAGAACAUGCCCGGUACCCUCAUCGCUCUUGGCCGUCUUAACCGCCCCGGACUCAUGGUCUACGGUGGUACUAUCCGCCCCGGCCACUGCGGUGGUGGAACCACUGGCCGCCCCGUUGAGCAGGUCGACAUUGUCUCGGCUUUCCAGGCCUACGGCCGUUACCUCCAGGAGGGUCAGACCCCCGAGGCUGAGGAGAUCCGCUACGAGACUAUCCGCAAUGCCUGCCCCGGUUCUGGUGCCUGCGGUGGCAUGUACACUGCCAACACCAUGGCUUCGGCCACCGAGGCCCUCGGCAUGGCCCUCCCCGGCUCGUCGUCGUUCCCCGCCGAGUACCCCGAGAAGCUGAUGGAGUGCGACUCGGUCGGCAAGUACAUGCUCAACCUCCUCGAGAAGAACAUCCUCCCCCGCGACAUCAUGACCCGCGAGGCCUUUGAGAACGCCAUGGUCCUCACCAUGGCUCUUGGUGGCUCGACCAACGCCGUCCUCCACCUGAUCGCCAUCGCCAAGUCGGUCGGCAUCGACCUCACCAUUGACGACUUCCAGAGCGUCUCGGACCGCAUCCCCUUCCUUGCCGACCUCAAGCCCUCGGGCAAGUACGUCAUGGAGGACAUCAACACCAUUGGUGGCACCCCCUCGGUUAUCCACUACCUCAUCAAGGAGGGCCUCAUGACCGGCGACCAGCUUACCGUUACCGGCAAGACCCUCGGCGAGAACUGCGAGGAGUGGAUGGCUACCCACUCCAAGCUCUGGGAGGGCCAGGACAUCAUCCGCCCCGUCUCCGACCCCAUCAAGGCCACUGGCCACAUCCGCAUCCUCAAGGGAAACCUCGCCCCCGGAGGUUCGGUCGCCAAGAUCACCGGCAAGGAGGGUCUCCAGUUCACCGGCAAGGCCCGUGUCUUUGACGACGAGGACUCGUUUGUCAAGGCUGUCGAGUCUGGUUCUAUCAAGAAGGGCCAGAAGACUGUUGUCAUCCUCCGUUACCUCGGCCCCAAGGGUGGCCCCGGUAUGCCCGAGAUGCUCAAGCCCACGUCGCUCAUCAUGGGUGCUGGUCUCGGCUACGAUGUCGCCUGUCUCACUGACGGCCGUUUCUCGGGUGGCUCGCACGGUUUCGUUAUCGGUCACGUCGUCCCCGAGGCCCAGGUCGGUGGCCCCAUCGCCCUCGUCCAGGACGGCGAUGUCAUUGCCAUUGACGCCGAGGCCAACUCGAUCUCGGUCGACGUUUCGGACGAGGAGCUCGCUCGCCGCAAGGAGAAGUGGGUCGCCCCUCCUCUCAAGGUUUCCAAGGGUACCCUCUACAAGUACGCCAAGCUGGUCUCGGACGCCAGCCACGGCUGUGUUACGGACCUUUAAGGUUGUACAACAGAACAAAAAGGGUCAAUACCAGGCCUACCCAAGCAUUAGUUUAAGUAAUAUCCCAUCUUCGGAAGGACAGAAUGCAUAGGAGCAGACAUCAAACAG